AUGCAAGGGAGUGCGUCAGUAGAUCGCAGACAGUCUGCCCUGCGCUGUUCGCCUGACUCACCUAGCGAUUCGGUUAUAGAAGCGCCCCCACCUCGUAGUAGGCCAGAAGCCCCCACAUUACAGCCCCCUUUUGACACGUUCGACAACGUCCCUGCCUUCGACAGUCCUUUGCCGGAGACUCAUGAUGGUGUCUCGAGUUUUGACAGUCCUGGCCUGACGCCUGAUGCUCACAUCCCCCCCUUUGAGGACACCGUUCGGUUGGGUCGAGUGGUUAAUACGCCUGGCUUGGAUGAUCCAAGCUUAGCCCCUGACUAUAAUAUCAAGGAUGGCACUAAUAGAGAAGGCACAGCUGAGGCUUCCCCUGCCGUCAUUAAAGAUCGCUUCAGCAGGGGUGUGGAGGAGCCUCUCCGCGCGGAAGAUGAUAUCAGCAGGGUUCCGGCGUCGCAAGCGGUGGCAGCAGCUAAGCCUGCGGUGCUGGAGUCACCGGUAGAAGAAGACCUUUUGGAUCAGGGGGACUUAUGGGAGCAGGCCAAGAGGAUCAUGGCAUUUGCAGGCCCGGCACUUGGAAUCUGGUUGGGUAAUCCAACAAUGAGUUUGGUAGAUACGGCAGUCAUUGGGACGGCAAGCUCCUUGGAACUCGCAGCGCUUGGACCUGGGACGGCCCUCUCCGAUGGGUUUGGUCACCUCUUCAUGUUUUUGUCGGUGGCCACGUCGAAUCUGAUUGCAACUUCGCUCGCCGAGAAGGAUCCUGAGGGAGCUGCCCGAUCCUUAUCUCGUGCGCUCUUCAUUGCCCUGGUGUGUGGGUUUGGGAUCACUGCCAUUUGCGAGACGCUGCACACGCCCCUCCUCAAGGCGUUUGUGGGGAAGAAUGUGGGCCUUAUUCCCGCUGCCCGCGUCUAUGUUCAGAUUCGCGGGCUUGCUUGGCCCGCUGUGUUGGUUACCAUGGUGGCGCAGAGCGCGUGCCUGGGCAUGCAGGACGCGUGGGGCCCUUUGCGGGUGCUCGUGGUUGCUGCGUCGAUCAAUUGCCUGGGGGACAUCCUCCUGUGCAGCGUGUUGAAGAUGGGGAUUGCAGGGGCUGCGUGGGCCACAGCCGCCUCGCAGAUUGUUGGGUGCGUGUUGAUGCUGCAGAGUUUGCGUAAGCGCAGCACUAUUCCGCUGUACCUGUCAGUCCCUCGUUUUGCGGACCUGGUCACAUUCAUGUCCAUUGCGGGGCCAACGCUAGUAACCAUGUUCAGCAAGGUGUCGUUUUAUACGUUGAUGACAUACGUUUGUACAGCUAACGGCACUGCCACGGGGGCAGGCCAUCAGGUGAUGAUCGGACUUUACGCGUUCUUCGCCGUGUUUGGCGAGCCGCUGUGCCAGACGGCGCAGUCGUUCAUCCCCGAGUUCAUCCGCGGCGCUAACCGGUCGCUGCACAAGGCGCGCAAGCUGCUGCAGUCGCUCGUGCUCAUGGGCGGCCUGCAGGGCCUGGUGCUAGGGGCGGGGGCGGGCCUCAUGCCCUGGGUGCUGCCACAGCUCUUCUCCAACGACGCGGCCGUCAUUGAUCAGAUGCGUCGCGUGUCUGUCCAGAUAUUCAUAGCAGUUGUGCUCACCCCUGUGAAUCUGUCCAUGGAAGGCACGCUGUUGGCUGGCCGAGAUCUUGUUUACCUGGCGAUCAGCAUGGUCUGCAGUUUCUCCAUCAUGGCUAGCGCUUUGCUGGUGGGCAGCAAGAGGGGUAUUGGUUUGGGGGGCAUCUGGUGGUGCCUGGUCGGAUUCCAAUCGAUCCGCUUUGUGUCAGCAUCAAUGCGCCUUUCCAACCCAAAGAGCGUCGUUGGUGGUUUGAGGACAAGGAGAACGUCACCGGAGCCCAUUCCGGUUGUUAUGGGAAAGUGAUCCGAUCCUUAGCUUGGACAUAGACAGUUGGAUUGUAGAUGGUUGCGCGCCGUCAUUCUUUCUGCGUAGCAGGUAAACGGUGAUAGUUUAGAGUGCAAUCGUGGGCGGCUCAACCAUCUAGUGGGAAUUAGUAUGCAGGAAUGUAGUUGGAAAUCGAUGUUAUCGCUUCCCAUUUAGUUUAUAGAUAUGCUGAGAGUUGAAACCCUAGUGUAGGUGAACCAGGAUGUAGGCUAUUGCAGCAUCACGGGGGGGGGCUCAGUAGUUGCGUAGGUGAUUGCAGGCGUUAUAAGCUUGUGCUUCAGGGGUUGGUUAUACUACAAACGCAGAGUGUACAACAUUCCGCUUUCAAUUGUUUCACUUCUUAGUUUUCGAGUGUGAUUUUCACCACCAAUCAGGG